AUGGAGGAGGGGGGGUCUCUGCCGGUGGCCGCCUGGCUGGCGGCCCUCCACCUCGACCAGUACGCGGAGAGCUUCCAGCAGAGCGAGCUGUGGACGGUGUGGGACUGCCGGGCGCUGACGGACGAGGCACUCACCCGCCUCGGCGUGGUGCUGCCCGGCCACCGCCGCCGCAUCCUCCUGGGAGGGCAGAAGCUCCCGAAAGAGGUCGGAUUUGACGCGCCGCCCCCCCCCUGCCAGCAGCGGGGCUGCGAGCCCCCGAUUUUGGCCGCUGACGGCUCAGACCUACAGACCCCGCAGCAGGUCCCAGCAGCGGUGGAUGCUCGUGUCCGCACCCCGAUCGUGGGCAUCCCUGCCAAAGAGGAGGUCCCCGUCCCCGACAGAGCACCCAGCAUCCCCCCGUCCCCGCCGGCCCUCCUUCCCCGCACGAAGCCGCCGGCCCCGCUGCCGCCGGAGCUGCCGUCCAAGGCCAACCUCCCCUUCGUGCCUGAGUUCGAUGACUCAGACUACGAGGACUCUGCCUGGGAGGAGGAAUUAGCUGGUCCCGCCGGGGAGAUGGCCGACAAGGAUGCUGAGCCCGUGACGGGGCGGCCGCGGUCCCUGCGUGUCCCCAGCCUCUUCAGCGAGGACGAGCUCAUCGAGGACUACUACGAUGCUCCCCCCGCCAAGUAGGAGCUCUUCUGCCCCAGGGUGCAGCUCGGUCACCCCGUCCCCUCCAACGGGUCCCUCCGGUCCCUUCCCAGGUCCUACAUCUACCAGAAGCGCUGGGUGAAGCUCGAUGCCGACUACCUCCGCUAUUUUGACAGUGAAAAGGACGCCUACUCCAAGCGGUUCAUCCCCGUCUCCUCCAUCUCCCGCGUUGCCGGCGUCGGGGACCAGAAAUUCGAAGUCAUCACCAACAACCGCAACUUCGUGUUUCGGGCCGAGAGCGACGCGGACCGUAACGAGUGGAUACGGACCCUGCAGCAGAUUGCGGAGGAGCGGAAGAGCAAAGCUCUGGAGAGGACAUUGGUGUCGCCGACCACCAACCGCGCCGCCGCCCCACAGCCAACAAGCGGCUUCCUGGAGCUGCGGGGGUUUAAGCACAAGCUCUUCGUGGCGGUGGCCGGGGACAAAGUUUUCCUCUACAAGAACGCAGAGGACUAUCGGCUGGGGAUCGGCAUCACCUACAUCGAGAUGAACGUGGGGAACGUCAAGGAGGUGGACCGCCGGGGCUUCGAUCUCACGACGCCAUACAGGAUCUUCAGCUUCUUCGCCGACUCGGACCAGGAGAAGGAGGAGUGGGUGGAAGCCAUGCAGCAGUCCAUUGCCGAGGCUCUCUCCAACUCGGAGGUGGCGGAGAGGAUCUGGGCGGUGGAGCCCAACCGCUUCUGCGCCGACUGCGGCUCACCCAAGCCCGACUGGGCCUCCAUCAACCUCUGCGUCGUCAUCUGCAAGAGAUGCGCAGGGGAGCACCGGGGCUUGGGCCCCGGCAUCACCAAAGUCCGGAGCCUGAAGAUGGACAGGAAGGUGUGGACGGAGGAGCUGAUUGAGCUUUUCCACCAGAUCGGCAACGCCGUGGCCAACCAAUUCUGGGCUGCCAAUGUGCCCCCCAGCGAGGCCAUCGCCCCCACCAGUGGCAGCCAGGAGAGGAGGCGCUUCCUCAUCGCCAAAUACCGGGAGGGCAAGUACCGCCGCUACCACCCGCUCUUCGGCAACCAGGAGGAGCUCGACAGGGCUCUGUGCGCGGCCGUCACCACCAGUGACCUGGCGGAGACGCAGGCUCUGCUCUUCUGCGGGGCGGCGGUGAGCUGUGCCACCGGGGACCCCCAGUGCCCGACGCCCCUGGCCCUGGCCGAGAAGAGCGGGCAGAGGCUGCAGAUGGAGUUCCUGCUCCACAACAAAACCUCAGAGACGCCGCGCUUGGAGGUGGGGGGCAGCGAGGAGAAGCCCUACUCGGUGCCCCUGCCCUCCGUCACCCACAACGGCUUCCUCUACAAGACUCCCUCCAUGGCCAAGCCUGUCGGCGAGCGGAAGGGCCAGGAAGAGUUCAGCCGGCGGUGGUGCACGCUGCAGGAUGGCAUCCUCAGCUACUACGAGAACGACCGCAACGCCGUGCCCAACGGCGAGAUCAAGGUGGAGGAGAUCGUGUGCCUGGUGAACAACCCGCCCCACGCCCACGGGAUCGAGAGCACGUUCGAGGUCUACAUCGAGUCGGAGAGGCUCUACCUGUUUGGGCUGGAGAGCCCCAAUUCCGUUCGGGAAUGGCUCAAGUCCAUUGCCAAGUCCUUCGUCCACCCCCGCGCUGAGGAGCUGCUGGCUCUCGACUUCGAGCGGAUCGGCCGGCUGCACUACAAGGGCGGCCUCAACCUGGAGCGAGCCAAGGAGGGCUGGUUCGCCCUGGCCGGCUCCGCGCUCCACGUCUGCUUCGAGGACAGCGAGCGGCAGGAGCCUCUCCAGCUGCGCAAGCUGCAGGAGCUCUCCAUCCAGGGAGACAACGAGGUGCUGGUGCUGGUGGAGAGACGGAGAACGCUGUACAUCCAGGGAGAGAGGAAGCUGGAUUUCCUGGGCUGGGUCCACGCCAUCCAGAAGGCUGCGGGCAGCUCGGGGGACACCUUGUCGGAGCAGCAGCUGACGGAGUCGGACGUCCCGCUGCUGGUGGACCGCUGCAUUGACUACAUCACCCAGUGCGGGCUGACAUCCGAGGGCAUCUACCGCAAGAGCGGGCAGAACUCGAAGACCACCAGCCUGCUGGAGAUGCUGCGCCGGGACGCCCGCAGUGUCCGUCUGAAGGAGGGCGAGCACCAGGUGGACGACGUCGCCAACNNNNAAUCUCACCUUCAUGCCUCUCUGCGCUCAUCCUCUCUCCCUCAUGCCCCUCUCGCAGCGCUGGAGGAUGAGGAGGCGAAGAUCGGCGAGUACCGGCGGCUCCUGGGCACCCUCCCCACGGUGAACCGGGCCACGCUGAAGGCGCUCAUCAACCACCUCUUUCGGGUCCAGCGCUUCUCCGGGGAGAACCAGAUGAACACGCACAACCUGGCCAUCGUCUUUGGGCCCACGCUCUUCCAGACAGACGGGAAGGACUACAAGGCGGGACGCGUGGUGGAGGACCUCAUCAACCACUACGUGAAGAUCUUUAACGUCAACGACCAAGAGAUGAAGAAGCAGCAGGACGAGAUCAUGGCCAUCAUGAAGAUGCGGGAGGCAGCGUCCAGUGGGACGCAGCAAGCCGGGGACUUCAUCUGCACUGUCUACCUGGAGGAGAAGAAGACGGAGGCAGAGCAGCACGUCAAGAUCCCGGCCACGAUGACAGCUGAGGAGCUCACCUUCGAGAUCCUGGAUCGGAGGAAAAUUGUCAUGAAGGAGAAGGACUAUUGGAGCUGCUUCGAAGUGAACGAGAGGGAGGAGGCAGAACGGCCCUUGCACUACUCGGAAAAAGUCCUGCCCAUUUUGCACUGCCUGGGGACGGAGAGCUACCUGGUGGUGAAGAAGCAGAUGUCCAUGGAGAACAUGCUCAUCUACCUCGCCAGCAGAGUGGGCGACUGCAAGCACGGCAUGAUGAAGUUUCGGGAGGAGAGGAACCUGCUGGGGCUUGGCCUGAGCACCGGCUUCCACGACCGCUACUUCAUCCUCAACCACACCUGCCUGCGCCUCUACAAGGAAGUGCGGAGCCACAAGCCGGAGAAGGAGUGGCCUGUCAGGAACCUGAAGGUCUACCUGGGCAUUAAGAAAAAGCUUCGGCCCCCGACGUGCUGGGGCUUUACAGUCUUCUGCGAAAACGAGAAGCACGAGAAGCAGCAAUGGUACCUGUGCUGCGACACCCAGGCCGAUCUGCGGGAGUGGUUCGCCACCUUCCUCCACGUGCAGAAUGGCGGGGCCCUGUGGCCCUCGGAAACCUCCAAGGUGCGGGCGUCGCGGUCGCAGCAGGACUCCAGGUUGGGUAACAUCUCCCUCAUCCCGCUGCGGGGCAAUGAGAGUGAGAUGAGGAACAGUGUGGCUGCUUUUGCUACUGAUCCGCUAACUAUAUCUCGCGGUAAAUGGCAUCAACGGGGCGAGGGGCGUCUGGCAAAACCUCCCCGCUCCAGGCCGCAGGAGCUGGGCUGGGAGCGGGAUGAGCAGGACGAGUGGGACGAGUGGGACGAGCGGGAUGAGCGGGAUGACUCCUGCAGCUUUUUCCACCCCCUCUGGGGAUGGACCCGGAUUCCCGGCCCUAUUAAAGCCAUCACCCGUGUCCAGCUGCCACCUGUCCGUCCCCGCGCCGAGCGCGUCGCCGGCAUUUGA